AUGCUCAGGGAAGCCUUCCCAGGGCCCGAGCUACCGUCAGCUCAAGAGAUUCUCGCAAUGAAUGUCCCCUACCUCGAUGCAGCCUGUGAGGAGGGUUUUCGUCUCGCUGGCGUGACCAAGGCCAAUCUUCGGCAGGCGGUGGUCCACACGCAGAUCCUGGGCUGCCCCAUUCCCAAGGGCACCGAGAUCUUCAUGAACUUUCACAUCAACCACACGCCCGCUCCGGUCGAUGAGACGAAGCGCUCCGCUGGUGCCAAGGCAGCCGUGGCCAAGAAUGGCAACGGCUUCGAUGGCAGGGCAGGUCGCGAUCUUGGUAUCUUUGAGCCUCAGAGAUGGCUAGUCCAAAACAAGACGACAGGCAAAGAGACAUUUAACCCCACCGCUCUUCCGUCUCUGGCAUUCGGCGGCGGAUACCGGGGAUGCACUGGACGAAAACUGGCUUAUAUGGAGUUUCGUAUUGUCGUUACCCUGAUUAUUUUGAGCUUUGAAUUCCUAGAGCUACCAGAAGAGCUCAAGACCUUCAGUUGCAAGGAGAGGAUCUUCAGGAGACCCAAUACACCUCAUGCUAAGCUCAAGAUUCUAUAA